UGUGCUAUAUUUAGAAAUACCAACAUUUUUAUUUCAGGAUUAUGCAAAAGCCGUUAUUUGUAUUUGCUUUGCAACUUUGCUAAUGAUUGGACAUGGUAACACUACAACAGAACCGCCGACAACUCCAACUAUCACCGAACCAACGACAACUUUAACAACCACCGAACCGACGACAAUCUCAACUACAACAGUGCCGACGACAACUUUGGCUACAACAGUGCCGACGACAACUUUGGCUGCAACAGAGCCGGCGACAACUGUGGCUACAACAACACCUACCACGGCAUCUACCGGACCAACGAGUGCAUCAGAUUCUGAUGACAGUGGCAGUGCAUCCUUAGAUGUAAGUUUUUAUCAGAUGGCUUUAUGCGUCUGUGUAAGUAUAGCCUCGUCAAAAAGAACAAGCGUGAUACCUUCUGGUGUGUUUUCAUAGACAUUUGAAGAAGAAAAAGAAAAAGCCAACUGGAUGACGUACUGAAUUCUCAUUUCUUUUUUACAAAUAUAUGUGCCUGUUGACUAUGAUAUUUGACCCUGCAUUGUGUAUUAUUUUAUUUGUUUAUUUGGAAUCAACGUAAUUUAAGGAUGUUCGCAACACUGUUUUAAAAUAACAAGCUUUUUAAAAGACUACUGUAAAGGUGAUAAAUAAGCAGAAAAAAAUAGUUGUCAGUGUGUUGUUGUUUUUUAGAUAUAAGUCAUACGAGUGUUUGCCGAAUAUCAAUUACUCUAGAUUUUUCAUACAUUUAAAAUUGGAACAUUUUUUCUUCAAAAACAACUAUGAAAAACUACCAAGGAUUCCGUCUAUAGAUUGCCUUUUAUUUAACUUAAUGUAAUAAAAUUAGGAGAAAAAAAGUAGGGGUUAGUGAGUGAAUUGUUUUUUAAUUGAACUACAUGACAAAACAGAAGAUCCAAAUAUCUACUUAGUAUUCAAGAACGAGUGUAACGAAUAUCCUAAUAUCGGUAGAUAAUUUGAAGGCACCAAAACUAAAUUAUGUACACCCUGAAUUUUACAACGUGUGAAAUGGAUUAUUGGCUUAUUUCGAAAACUCUUUUAAUUUUUCAUGACUUUCAUUUAGAUACAAUACAGUCUUAUUAAAACCAGCUCAAUUAUCAAUUUCGUGUGAAUAAUUGAGGUCAGUUUUAAUCAGACAGAUUUAGAUGAUGAUUCUGAUUUUUUUGUGUAAUUAUUGAUACAUGUAUGUCUGCAAUAAGAGUUGGUCAGUAACAUUUAUAUGUGUGUGUGUGCGAUUUGUUUUAUAUUGAAUAUGUUUUAUCCUAUUCUGGAUAAACUUAGGACUAUCAUACGUUAUGUGUAUGUGCUAUUUUAGGAGCAGUUCUUUUUAAAGUUAUAACGUCAUUAAUCACAAAAAGGAAGCACGAACGGGAAGGACCAAGACGAAAUUUAAGACGAAAUAUGUAUCAUAAAAUAUUGAUAAUUUAUUAAAAUAUAUACUUGACUUCUU